AUGGCUGUUAAGGGUAGUGGUUCCCUGAAGAGAAAGGGAGCUCAGCUUGACCUCGACGGCGAACCCCCAGCCAAGCCCAAGAGCAAGAGCAAGCCGAGCAAGCCGCAGACCUCCCCCAAAGCAAAGGCGAAGGCAAAGGCCAAAGCAAAAGCAAAAGCCGAGAGCAAGCCCCCAGCAAAAACACCCAAGGCCAAGAGCACAGCCAAAGCUACCCCCCAGCCGAAGGCCAAGAAAACUAAGCCGGGGAAGCAGCUCAAGGAGGGGGACAACAACAACAAGAACGUGACCAGACAGGAAAGCUUCGCUGACAAGGCUUUGCAGGACCUCGCCAAGGCCAGGAAAUUCAAGAGAAUGUCCGAUGCCGGUGCAAUCCCGGAUCACAUUCAGGAGGUUCUGAGCAAAGCGAAGACCCGUGCUGCCAAGACGGAGCUGAUCAACGAGCUGUUCGACAAGAACGACAAAGGCAAGCUGAUCAUGAAAUCCGACAAGCCCGUGUUCGAGACCACGAAGCAGGCCAAGCAUCAGAAGUUUGGUCGAGAUGAAACCAUGGGGGCACCAAAGGAUGUGCUUUUGCACCGGGACUACCAUGGCGAUGAAAAGGCUUUGGAUGCUUCCAUUGCAAGGGGCACGGUGAUGGUGUGGCUGCAGGAUGGGGUAGAGUUCGCGGGCUAUCGGCAAACCGUUGCCGGGAUUGGCAAGACGGUGGAGGACAAGCACCAAGCGAAGAGUGGUGCCAAGGAGAUCACCGACGAGACCUUUCAGGCCCUCGACAAGGCCUUCCGAGCCAUGACCUUUUCGUUUGAUCAAGAUGACCAGCCCCGCCAGGCUAUCGCAGCAGAGGCAGCAAGCUCGAAGGAGCCCCCCGUCCUCAAGCAGUUCACGGAGUCCCAGCAAGCUUUGCUGGAGGAGGCCAAAGGAGCGAUGGAGCGGCUUCAUAGUGCUGCUAUGAGGAUGAUUUCAAAAUGCUCGCAAGCGAAGGACAAGGAGAGCUUCAAGCCGCACAUGCUUGCUAUGAAAUCAUGGAUGGACAGGGACGACCACCUGUUGCUAUGGAAAGAGUUCCCAGACUCAGAGCGGCCCCUCACCGCUGCAACCUUCAAGGACUACAUGUGUGAGCAUUCCGAAACGGCGGUUUCCUUGAACGAGGAGUGCGAGAAAUUCAAAGCCCUUUUGAAAGCAAGGAAGGAGCUGUGA